AUGUCGGGGAUGGACGCUAUCCGCACGCUGGGAACCAUAAUAUGCAUGUUGAGUUCCGCGUGGCUGCCAGCAGCCUCGCGAAUGAAAUCACCGGCGUUGCCAAUCCAGUCGGAAAGAGAACCGCUGCCAUCCAAAGGAUUAUCUGGAUGCUCGUUCGGCGGGAGAUUCUACUCUCUGGAGGACACGUGGCACCCAGAUCUCGGCGAACCGUUCGGCGUCAUGCAUUGCGUCAUAUGUCACUGCGAGCCGCAACGGAGCCGGCGUGGGAAGGUCUUUGGAAAGGUUAGCUGUAAGAACAUUAAACAGGACUGUCCAGAGCCCAACUGUGAUGACCCAGUAUUACUGCCUGGAUACUGCUGUAAAACCUGCCCUAAAGGUGGGUCAGAACCAAAGGCAAUGGAGUCUGUGUUUGAUGGGCUGGAGUAUUUUCAGGAGAAAGAGGAUGAUCUGCAUAAGUCCUAUAAUGACAGAUCUUAUCUAAGCUCUGAGGAUGUGUCUCCAGGACACAGCAGAACAGACUUUGUGGCGUUGUUGACAGGAGCGUCUGACUCCUGGCUGCCAAGCACUGCUGGAGUGGCAAGAGCAAGGCUUACACUAACCAAAACUAGCCUGGCAUUCUCCAUCUCUUACCAGAGAUUUAGCAGACCUAACAAAGUUACCUUCCUGGAUUCAGAUGGAAACACAGCUUUUGAAUACAAAGUUCCCCGAGCUGACUCUGACAUGAUCUGUGGUGUAUGGAGAAAUCUACCAAAAUCUCACCUGCGGCAGCUACAGGCAGAGCAGCUGCGGAUCGCCGUGGUAGCGGCUGACAGCAGGAGAGAGGAGAUUGAGGGAAAAAUCAUCAAGCAUCGUGCUCUGUUUGCAGAGACGUUCAGUGCCAUUCUGUCGUCAGAAGAAGGGCAUUCUGGGACAGGAGGCAUCGCCAUGGUAACCCUGAGUGAUACAGAGAACAACCUGCAUUUUAUCCUCCUCCUCCAAGGCCUUAUCCCUCCAUCCCAUGGCUCUGUGCUGGUGCCCAUUAGAGUCCGUUUGUUAUACCGCCAUCACCUCCUCAGAGAGAUCAGAGCCAACAUCACCACACACGAUCUGGAUUUUGCUGAGGUUUUGACUGAUCUAAACAGUCGUGAGCUCUUUUGGCUCUCCCGUGGUCAACUGCAAAUCGCCGUGGAAACAGAAGGUCAUGACCCCCGCCAAAUCUCCGGCUUCAUCACUGGCAAAAAAUCAUGUGACACCCUGCAGAGUGUGAUGUCCAGCGGAGAUGCUUUGACUCCUGGUAACACAGGUGGAGUUGGAUCUGCCGUCUUUAGUCUCCAUAGCAACGGAACCCUGGACUACCAGAUUCAGGUCGUGGGCGUGUCCAGUUCGGUGGUGGGAGUGACCAUUGAGAUGAAACCGCGGCGACGGAGUAAACGCAGCGUGCUUUAUGAUGUGACGUCGGAGUUCUGGCCGUCGGAGGAGGAGAAGAGAGGAGGCGUAGGAGUAGGAGGAGGCAGAGCGGUGGGGAGCUGUAACCGGAUGGAGGCCAGGCACGUUCACAUGCUCCUGCAGAACGAGCUCUUCAUUAACAUCGCCACGGAGGAGAACCCUGAGGGAGAACUGAGGGGACAGAUUCACAGCCUGCUUUACAGCGGCCUGGAGGCCCGCAGACACGAGUUACCCGUGCCCCUGGCAGGGCAGUUUGUGUCUCCGGCGGUGUGGACGAGUGCAGGGGGGCACGCCUGGGUGGCAGUGGACCAGAGCUGCCACCUUCAUUACGAGAUCGUCGUUAACGGCCUGAGCAAAGGCGAUGAUGUCAUGAUCAACGCCCACCUUCACGGAUUGGCCGAGAUCGGGGAGAUGGAUGACUCUUCGGUCAAUCACAAGAGACUACUGACUGGUUUCUAUGGUUCACAGGCCCAGGGCGUGCUAAAGGAUCUGAGUGUGGAGUUAUUGAGACAUUUGGACAGAGGUACUGCCUUCAUCCAAGUCAGCACUAAACUGCAUCCCAGGGGAGAGAUACGGGGACGGAUUCAUGUCCCUAACAGCUGUGAGUUUGGUUCCCGUGGUGAGGUGGUGGAGGAGGCUGAGUUUGAUGACCUGGUUUUUGUGCGAGACCCUGAGGAGUUGAGAAAAGACCCACACACGUGUUUCUUUGAGGGUGAACAUCACGCUCACGGCUCACACUGGACACCACAGUAUAACUCCUGCUUCAGCUGCAGCUGUCAGAAGAAAACUGUCAUCUGUGAUCCAGUCAUCUGCCCAGCUCUGACCUGUCCUCACACCACCCAUCCAGAGGACAAGUGCUGCCCAAUCUGUGAUGAAAAGAAAGAAUCCAAAGACAAAACUCUGGACAAACCUGAAGAGCAUCCUGAGGGUUGUUAUUUUGAGGGCGAUCAGAAGAUGCAUGCCCCUGGCACGACUUGGCACCCGUUUGUUCCUCCGUUCGGCUACAUCAAGUGCGCAGUGUGCACCUGCAAGGGCUCUACGGGAGAGGUGCACUGUGAGAAGGUCACCUGCCCGCCACUCACCUGCAGCAGGCCAAUCAGACGCAGCCCCACAGACUGCUGUAAGGAGUGUCCCACAGAGGACACGCCCACUCUGGAGGACGGGGAGCUGAUGCAAGCGGACGGGACGCGACUCUGCAAAUUCGGCAGGAACUACUACCAGAGCAGCGAGAACUGGCAUCCGAGGGUUCCCCUGGCAGGGGAGCUGAAGUGUAUCACCUGCUGGUGUGAUCAUGGGGUCACGAAGUGUCAGAGAAAACAGUGUCCAUUGCUCAGUUGCACUAACAUCACACGUCAAACAGGCAAAUGCUGCCCAGAGUGUGCAGAUGAAUUCUUUAAAGAGGAAGAACUGAUGAAGAUACCAGAGAAAAAGAAGGGUUGGGUGCACUGA